GUCAGUGUGCCAGCAGUCCGCGCAGAGCGCAGAGCGCAGCGCCACGCUGAAGGAGGAGACCGACUGUCAGGCUGAGGAGCUCCAAACCUAAAAACGGGAUUUGAAAAGACAACGAGAGAGGAGAGACUGAGCGAACCAGGUGAGCAAAGAGCUGAAUGUUUCCUCUGAUAUUUAUUUUAACAAGUUUUCCUUAUCAGCCUGUGUGUAUAUGAAGUAAUUCAUUCGCUCGGUGAUCUGUCGUGGUCAUUUUCUGACUUUAGCCUCUGUUUGUGAGUAUGUGGCAGCAGAUUUUCGCAACAGCUGUCCACGAGUGAAAAGAUCAGCAUGGUUUUAUCACACAUUCACUAAACCUUGUGUGAAUUGCACAGCUGAACAUACAGAAGUGGGCAAACAUACUGGUAAACACUGGGUAGCCUAUCUGUGGCACCCAGUGGUGACUUUUAAAACUAGAAUAUGCUACUCAAGUAAAUAAAUUAACAUUAAAUCCCAAGCUGUGAGUCUCAGGGAAUGGUGCAUGUAUCUGCAGGUCUGAGUUUGUCUUUGACAGUCCUGUCUGAGAUCUUUACGGUGUGUUUAUGACCGGUGUCCUAUAAGGAAAAUUCUCUGGCAGCAGAUCUAUGUGGAUGUCAGGCUAAUCUAUAAACAAGAGAGCAGAUUUAUGGAACCAUAACAGUUUUCUUUUUGUGCGGCACUUAAUCAUCCCUCAUGUAAACCUGCUGUAUGUGGAUCCUGCUCAUAGUCCAGUCAAUAUUAGCAGUAGGGUAUAGAGAGGAUAAGAGGGGGCAGUGAUUGACUGCUGAGCUCUGAUUAAAGCAGAUACCUUUGACCCAGGGCAGCAGGUUUAUCCCCUCUUACUUCUGCUUUCUGCUAAAUGUUUUCAUCUGGAGGAAAUCAGUGGAACGGCACAAAUGAGGUCCUGGCUAUUCUGAACGUCUAAUCAAGGAAGAAAGUUAUAUAAUCUUAAACCUGAUGAAGCUUUUUUUCCCUAACAGCUAGUCUUGAUUGUAAUCAGCUAUGCUAAUAAAGAAAACGAUGCAGCCUCAGACCGUGCUACCUGAGAGCUUUCCAGAGAACAAAAGUAAGUUUAGGACCUGAGGGGUCAUUAUGCAACACACCCACUCGAAAACCGAAAAGACUGUCUCCUCCGAGGAGACAAUCACAUCCCCUCAGGGUCAGCUCCACCUUGACCCACCUCUACCCCCUCCCACCCGCUCCUCUUUUUCUCGGCUGAUAUGCUUCAUGCAAUCUGAGUUGGUGUGAUCAGCGUGGGGUCAGGAGCAUAAACAAGUCCGCGGCCAGACUAAACAGACCACACAUGUCCUGUAAACACACGCACCCUGCGAUUCAAAGGUGAGCACGUGUUGGUUUGGCCUGUGCGCCGCAGCGGGAGGUUUAAUUCAUGCUUUCUGAUGCAGAGCAUGAACAGGCUUAACUGUUACUUUCCAGAGGGAGAGGUGGUCUUUUUUUUUGUUCCCUGCAUGAGACACAUCAGUAGUUUUUUCAGUGCUAUGAGGAGUUUAACCUGGUUGGGUUAACCCUUAGAACUCCCAGCUAUAUUUUGCUCUUUUUGCAACUCGAUCCUUUCAAGCACAGCAAACAUAUACACAGCUGUCAGUUUAUGAGUGCAAAAAAUAUAUGAAAUGAAUGUGACAGUAGAUUCAGAACCAUCAAAGUCAACCCAAAAACAAAAACGGAAAUUGAUCCCAACAGUACUUUGCUCAAAAACACAUAAAUCUACAGUGACCAAGCCUUUUCUUAUCUGCACAUCAUCCUGUUAAGUCUUGGCUAUUAGGAGAAGAAAUAUUGGGAUUGGAACAAACACACAACAGAAACUAUUUACAUAUUUACACUAAUUCUUCCAGGCGUUUUUUGCUAUUUACAGUUGUUUAUGCUGCUCCUUGAAGCACUUCCUGUCUGGGAUGAGACGGAGGGUCACAUCAUACUGCUCAUAAUCUCUUCUUUGCUUGUUUCCAAGCAUUGAGGACCAAUAUUUCUUAUUUUACAGACAAGCAGGGAACUUUCUUGCCUCUUGUUGACACUACCAUCAAGGGAACAAUAGAAGAAGAAUAUGAGACCAUGUAAUUGGUCGAAAGUUUGAUAGAAAAAGACGUUAUCAAAACAGUUUUUCAAACCCGGAAGACGAGCGGCAUUUAGUAAUAGUGAUAGAGAUGUCUCUGAUUAAACACCUGUUUUUGUGGCUGGAUUGUAAACCUUGUGGCAGGUGUAGAAAUUUCUGGAAACCCUCGAUAGAUUGCCAAAAGGGUAAACUUUUGAACAGUUUUCAUCCCAUAGAGAUACAUGGUAUGGUUCCCGUCCGAGAUACUGCAAACAAUAUUAAUGGAGUCACGUGGGAUCGACGGUGAUCCAGCAGAGUUGUAAGUGUUAAAGAAAAUCAAAUGUGAGCCUGUAGUUUUCCUCGUAGCUCCAGGUGUUGGAUGAUUACAGGUCACACGUUGCGAAAGUUGGAUGUUUUUGGAGGUUGGCGUACAGGCCAAUCUUCUCUCCACCUUUUCUUGCUCCAUGUUUUGUUUGGUUUCGAAGUUUAAGGCCGCAAAUGUGACCCAGCUUGCAUCCCUCCCUGCCUUAGAGUGAAAAUGAGUCACGGCUCAUAAACACCUCCAGCUGACAUCAAUCCUCCAUGAUGCGCACUUUUCAAAACGCAGGAUACAAACAUCUCUCCGACUGAAUACCAACCUGCAAAAUUACAGUUUGUAGCGGUCGUAAACAGCCCCCUCUGUUUUUCCCCCUCCUUCAUGUGUGUGCGGUGUGCUAAUUUUGCAGCUGUAUUUUGGCUGCAUCUGUGUUUGAUGCCGAUCCCAACAGAGCAGACGAGAUAACUUCCUCUUGCUGCAGAGCAGAGCUAGAUCUAGAGCGCCUGAGGGGCAGCAAGCACAGAGCCGCUCGCUCUAGUCUCCGUCCCGGGUGUUGACAGGAGGCCUGACAUCAUUAGCAUGACUAAAUGAAAUGUAAUUUACGUCUUUGCCUUUUCGCUUAGCUCCAAGCACCAGCAGUGAUGGAGAUGAUGGCGGUAGAAGCCUGCAGAACCAUGCUGACUGUAUGACUUUUCCCCACACUGUCAUACUGUUGACCCCUGUUGAAUUUAUUAUGGGAUAAAACAGCGAAGCAGUAUUCCUCUUUCUCUUUCAUUUCUCAAUUUUCUCCCUCUCUUUCUAUUACUCAACUGUGUUUUUUUUAAAGCUGUACAAGUGUAUAAUCUGAUCGUUCUGAGCCACAUCAGUGCUGACUGCAGAGAACGAGCGGAAGCCGCAGGAUAUUUCAUGGGUUUAGUUCACAAUGGGCUGCUCAUGUGUUUCUUAUCACUUAAAGUUCAGGCGUACCGCAGCAACAUUCAGGGCAUGGUUUUGCUUUCCUGUCCCAGAGCCCAGCCUUGAAAACAUCACAUUUUAGGAGGGAUGUCAAACAUUUGUUCUGUUUAAUCCAAGUUUUGUUGCAUGGUCGCAUGAAAAGACCCCCGAGUUAUGGCGGGAAGCUCGAGUUUCUAAUUAGAGGGGAAAAUGUAGCCUGCUAAUGACAUCAUCUUCCCUCUGGCAGUGUGUUAAAAAAGCCUGUGUGUGUGUUUGUGUGUGUGACUGAGCGGCAGCUGGUUUCAGACAUUUGACGUUCACGACGGUGUGAGACUUCAAACACUCGCACACAAACUGUUAAGACUUAUAAUUUGGAUUUAUGGCUCCUCGUCAGUCGCCUUGAUUGGGCCAUUGUGCCGCCGCUCUGUGGGAACUUCCGGGUUCAGGAAGAGCGGUAUGAAAAAGAGGAAGAUGUUGCCGCUUCUCGGUUGGCAAAACAUCACACAAACAUAAGCUGUAACUGUGUGAGAGAGUUAAUACUCUCUCUUACAAAGGAUUAAACCGCCCACCAUCUGAGUCAUUCCCAAAAAUGCAGGUAUCGGGAAUACUCCGGAAACAGCCUAAAACGCUGUAUCGACCCAUGUGCAAUUCAGAGUAACCAACUCAAUACCGGUGCAUUAGCUCCCUCGAAAUAUCGAGCUGUUUCUCAGCACUGGAAUGUUACACAAGGUUAGAUAGGACCAUGUCCAGCAACUGCUGCGUCAAAGAAACGGAUUAUUAUUAUAAAUCAAAAAUGAGAUUAUAAAACUCGUCAAAAACAGGAAAAAGUCGUCACACUCUCAGGCUGACAAACGACACCAGGAGAGCUCUGGAUAAGAACAGUUAGCUCAACUUGACUGCUUGGCUUGUUUUGGUAGAGUCACAGAGUCGUGCGUAGUUAAUUUUGAGAGUUUUUCAGGUCUGGUUGAGUGUUUUUUACACACUUCUAACUCAGUAAGUCCAUGCAACACAUACUUAAAACUUCCGUACAAAACCCAGACAAGGCCAGACAAGGCCGGACAGCCCCCAAAACAGAGGACAUGUCCAGGUAAAAGAGGACUUAUGGUCACCCUAUUAUGUAUCAAAGCAGGCGUAACUGUGAAGUUGGCUGGUUCAAGAAACUCCUGAAAUUUGCAUUAUGUGCAGAAUAAUGUUUGUGUGUCUUUUUUAAGACGAUUAAUGCCAUCAUGCUCAUUUAAGUAUGUAAAAGUUAGAGUUAAGCAUGCUGGACUUAUCAACAGUUACAUAAGCAACAUCUCAUUUAAGUUCAAAUAGGGGUGAAAACAGGCAUUAAAGGGAUAGUUCUGUUUUUUCUGCGGCACUUAAACAGGACUCAUCGGCUGUCAGAAAACACGAUCAUUUUUGCACUAUUCCCAAAGUAAAGCACUUAUAAGAAGGGCUGGGCGAUAAACCGAAAAUUUACAGAUACCGAAACUUACGACAAUAACCGACGUGCCAAUAUAUUUGGUGUCAAAAAAAUAAAUAAAAGUUUGUGUUGAAUGUGUGUAGGUAGGCUAUGGUCUCAUGUCCCUUUAAGACGCUGUCCUACGUCGGAGACAUGCCUCCACCCCAUUCAGUCUAUAACAAAGAGAGAAAGACAGGUGAGGAGAUGGAGGACAGUUCAAAAGUUGUAGCGGCUGAAGUACAUGAAGUUAAUGUGGGAGGGGGUGAGCAGCUGCUGGAGUAGUUAUCGUCCAUUUAUUGUUAUAUCGUGAUAUUGAUUUGAGGCCAUAUCGCCCAGCCCUAUUGGACUUUAAAACGGUAUAGUCGACCCUGUCUACAGGAGCCGAGAUCUUCUGGUCAGCUGGGUCGUGUUAUCGACAAGUACUUCAAAUAUUCCUACUUCAAUCCAUCAAGAAAAACACAGAGUACCCUUUUGGUACACAUUUGUUCUCUCUGCAGCUCAUCUGAAGCAUGUCUCUUAUAAACUGAUGAUCAAGUAGACGUAUCAUAACAGAGAAAGGUCACCCUUUUAAAGUAAUUCAUGAAUUAAUAUUUUAUUGCACUGGUGUUGGUGUCUGCUAACACCCGACCCUCAGUAUCAGAAUCAGUAUUUCGUGGAUAAAGAUGGUUCAAGUUCAUCUCCAGUUCAAAGCUAAUAUUUCUUCUGUUUUGUAAACAACUGUGAGAGAGAACAAUCAAAUCCACUGAGGCUGUGUUUUUUUCCCAAAAUAGACGAGCCUACUGAUGCAGCUUUUGGAGCCUUUAUUGGCUGGCUUAUCUGUUGACAGAUUUAUGACGCUUCACUCUGGAGAAACGUCCCCACACUUCAGCUCGCCUGCAGAAAUCUAAAUCGGCACCAAAUGUUUGCAUUGAAAUGAUCGGUAGCGUAAUCAGCCGUGUCGUUCUCUGAGGCCUGAAGUUAGUCUUUGCUCUUACAUCACCGCUGAUCUCAACGGGCUCAUAACUCAAUCCAUAAUUCAUGGUGGGCGAUGAAAUCCUGAAACAUGAGCUGACAGAUCUCCAUCUCCUGUCAGUCCCCCGUGUGUGUGUGUGUGUGUGUGUGUGUGUGUGUGUGUGUGUGUGUGACAGCUGUGAGAGCCGCUGUUCUCUCCUCCGCUCUCACAUCCCCGUAAUUGUUCACAGUCCGGCCGAGCGCCUCUGUAGCUCUGCCACAUCCCAUCACUUCAAACGGACGCUAACGCUGUGUCCGUCGAGCCGUGAUAAAGAUGACACAAGCCUGGACAAUCCCUGAGACACAAGAGGAGAGACUGAAGAUAGAGCUCCACAAACUCUAGGGCUCCUCCAGAUGUUUUCUGAUUCUGACAGGAGUGAAGGGGGAGGCAGGGGGAAAAACGGAGGGGUGUCUGUCCACGAUACUCGGGGGGCUGUUUGCGAGGAAGCAGGUCGGUCGAUCAGUAAUGAAAGAGGACAGCUGGCAGGUUCAGAGGAGGUUAACAGCUAAGUGUACAUGGCAGCGAGGAAAAACAAGAGCCCAGUCCAGGGUCUUCGUGUGAGAGGCUGACUCUUUCUCUUGUACAUUUUGAAGAAGUGACUCUUGUUUUAGGAGGAAAGGCCCUGAAAACUUUCUCUGAGAAGAAACUCGCUAUCAUAUGCGCGGAUACUUUGCCGGUUCAUGUGAGGUUUUCUUAUUUCCGUGUUUGUCUUUUCUUCUCUUGCUGCUGUGCUGAAGUGCACAUGACUCACUUGGCAAAAGUCUGUCUGGAUGAUUUAACAACAUUUGAAUCAAUUUGUAGUGACAUUUGGGAGGUUUUGGCUCUCUUUUCAUCACUUUAGUCACAUUUGAUGGAGCUACUGGGAAGCAGAUUUGCCAGAUUGUUGAUGAACAGUUGUCAGAAAGCAGGUUUUUAAAGACUGAAACUAACAGACGAAAAUUCCCAUUUUUAAUACAAGAAUCUCCUGAUCCAUCCUUUAGUUGCACAACAAUGAAUCAUGCAAAAGCUGCCUUUGUGAGAGGCGUUCAAGAGCGUUUAUGUAGUUCGAGGUUCCACGAAAGAGACCUAAUCAAACAGUGUUAAGCUGUUCAGACAGCAAAUCAAUGCUGGCGCAUUUAAAGCGCUGUAGAGCCCGUGGUGACACAGUUGGGGGUUGCUGGAUGGGAUUUGGCACCACAGUCUCAGUGUUUGGGGAUACAGCACAGCUGGAGCAGCUUUAAGGCCCAACUAACCCCAAACAGGGCUGUCACAAGUCCUCACAAGUAUGUGUCAACCUUUUUACUGCUAACAUCAGCAACACGUGUUUACAAUAACUCCGCAAAUGUUGUGUGAAUGUCUUUUUGGCAACCUGGUGUGUGUUUGUGAAGAGGAGGAGGGGGCGCACAGAUGGCACUUUAAAGUCCCACUCCAGUGGUUUUUUACUUUUAUUACUUAAAGUGUUAUCAGUGGUCUUUAAAUUGUGAUUAUGAAGUUUUUAGCCAAAAUCACAUCAAAAAAAUCCCCCAAAAUUAAUGUUUGACAGAAUUGCCUCUACUGUAGAGACUCGUUAAUUAAAACGCAUUAUUUAAAGUCCCAGUCCGAACGCUUUGUUAUUACUUAAAGUGUCAUCAGGGGUCUUCAAAUUGUGAUUAUGAAGGGUUUUUUUUGCCAAAAUUACGUUACCCGUGACAUUUUCAAGGUCUUUUCCUCUGCAGAGCUCCAGUAGCCCAUUAGCAAUCCACCUCUGAGUCGUGGACGGUGCUCUGCACACUCGUCUUCACGUUAGCUUGUAGCCUAACAUUGCCAGUGUAGUAGAAGUAGCAGGUAACAUAGGAGCUAUUCAGCUCUCGGACACUAAUCUCUUAAGGGACAUGAUGAAAGCUAAUUUCAUAAUUAGCUUUUGCGAGCAUUGCAAUACGCUACCGCACACACUUGUUCCUUUACUUUUCUGAGUGUGGCCUGCAUAGCAGGGCUCUGGGGGCGGAGCUUGGAUUUGUGAUGUAGGAAAUCUCACUGUAUUUGAUCCUGCCGUUUGGGUCUGACAGAGAUUCACAGUGAUUUAAAUGCAGAAAUACACUGAAAUGCAAUUUCGCACUUACUUCUCUCAUGGUAUGUCCUGUAGUGUCAGAAAAAUGCUAGAUGAACAUGUAGACAACAAGAAAAACAUGAUUUUCAUCAGAGCGGGUCUUGGCAGACUGAUGGAGUUUUUACUUUAUUUGAUAUUUCUCCACUCUGAGAUUAAGUCCGAUGUGAAGUCGUCCUCCUUGGCUUUUAGUGUACGUCAGUCAGCUCUGAUGCAGGUGUACAGGUGUAUGUUUGAACGCCUCUAACCCUGUUUUGACAUUUCACCUGCUUUUUUGCAGGUCUUCCAGCCUCCAUCCUCUGACGUGUCUUUUAUCACUCUGUUGGAGCUGACAUAUGUCAGACAGACUGUAAAAAUGUGCCAACUUGUUGAAAUAAAACAUCUGGCAGCGGGCCAGACCUGCUGUCUUUCAGAGCGGUCUCGCCAGCUGAGAGUUUAAUGAGGGUCCACAGUGUGGGAACAGGCCUUCAUGAUUUAAGACACCAGGAGAUUGAGGGAUGGGCUCAGAUUUGUGUCUGUACAGCCUCAGGAUGGGUUCUUUUUAUGAGGGCGGAUCUGUGUUACCCUGCGCUGUAAAGUGAAGACUUGGUCCAUGGCUGUGCUGCAAACACACAGUAGGUCACUGCGGUUUGUUCUGCUGGUCACAUAAGUCAGGCUGGCAUGUGCAGAAGCAGCAGUGGUCUUAAAUUACAAAGCAAUCUGCAGCUGAUUAUCAUUGAAUGUAUUCCUAAAACAAUAAAACUUCUGAGCAGACAUUGUAUACUUCUACUUUGCUGAAUUCAUAGCGAGUGUUCGGCCUGAUAAUUCAUUUCCUGUUCAGCUUGAAUGUAAAGCUCCACGUAUACGUCAUUCCUGUCUAGGUGCAUGAGCUCACACGUCGAUAUUUCACUCAUCGACGGUGAGGUCCACAAUCAGGCUUCACAUUCCUGAGUUACACUGUGAGUUAUUAAGUUUCCUAGCAGAGAGCACCUGGGGUAGAGAUCGUCUCAGUGUCUUUACAUUUUUAUCUCCAAGCUAAAAUUGUUAUUCCUCUCAGACUGAUGGUUUUCCUCUUACUCUUUUAAACCAGGAGGAUACUUUCUGGGUCAGAUAAUAGGCAGAUUUUUCCAUUUCAGUUCAGGUUCACUUUUGUUUUUGCUUGAAAAACUUCAGGUGGAAAGUAAACAGUGACUCGUGAAAUUUUACAUAACAAAGCUGUUUAAUUAUCAACGGUAAUGACACGCUUACUGGAUCUGAAGCUGUAAAAGAAACUCAACUCACUUGUUCUGCUGAUAAGGACAGGAAUAAAAGUGAACAUGUUAUCUUAGCAUACCUUAUCUGGAGCCCGAAAUGGGAGUUACACUGCUGAUAAGGAGCUGUGUCUAUUUUUACGGUCAGAACAGGUUAUCUGGACUUUUCAUACUCCAUUUAAGCAACUGCUAAUAAUUAAUUCAAGUUAAUGGAAUAAAGUCAGAAAAAAAAAUAUAUUUUCUCCAUAAAUUUACCUGCGGAGUUUGAAAUCAAGUAUUAAAAAUCAGCCAAAUUACCUUCUUUUCGAUUUAUUUGCAUGGUUAUAAGAGAGUUGACAAUUAAGUUUAUAAGCUAGCUAAUCAUUUUUGGGAUAUGAGACACUUUGAAUUCGCACUUGAAUACUAAAGUCAUUAUCUUGUGUUAUGGUCAAGCAGCACCUUCAAGCUUUUUUAAGGGAUAUACAAGUAGAUUUUUGGUAAAUAAGUCAAGCUUAUUUGUUUUUUAUGAUUUUGAUAAUAGUGCUUGUUUUACGUUUUCUUUAAAAAAAAAAAAAAAAAAAAGAGUUUCAGCAGAAAGACAAGAGUUCCACCUCGUUUAAUUAACCGGCUAACAGGUUAGCAAACUAAUUGGCCGAUAAUUUUCCAGCUAACAUAAUUUGCCAAACUUUUUCAGUUAACUGGGUCUUUAAUAUAAAAAGGUUUUGGCCCUUGAGAGUAAUAUAAAUGUAUAUGGGCCCUAAAAUAGAACCGUGAGGGACACCAUAACAGUGCUUGCCCUUUUUUUGGUCAACAGAAGUUUUACGUUUUCUUUAAAUGACUGAGUUUCAGCAGAAAAACAAGAGUUCCACCUCGUUUAAUUAACCGGCUAACAGGCUAGCAAACUUAUUGGCCGAUAAGUUUCCAGCUAACAUAAUUUGACCCAAACUUUUUCAGUUAACUGGGUCUUUUGGCCCUUGAGAGUAAUACAGUUAUAUAGGUCCCAAAAUGGAACCCUGAGGGACACCUUUAGUGAAAAUCAGAUUUAUAACUCAACUCAACUUUAUUUAUCGAGCACUUUAAAUACAACCAAAGCUGACACUAAGUGCUGUACAUAAUAACAUAAAUACAUAGUCAAUUGUUGUUUUAAAAUAUAACAAAAAGCAAUAAAAAAACAAUUAAUCAAAUGCCGUCUCAUGCUGGGUCAAAAGCCAAGUAAUAAAAGUGGUUUUUUAGACGGGUUUAUAACAACAGACACACUAAGUUUGAUGAUCUGUGGCAUAAUUUCUUAACCAAACACAGCCUUGAUUCUAAAACCAGCAGUAUUGAGUUUGAUUCGCAGCAGUUCAUGGUCCAUUGAGUCAAACGCCUUGAGAGAAAUCCACAAAUAGGGCAUCAGAGUGCUGUUUUCAGUCCAAGGCACAGAUGAGCUGAUUUUGUAACAUCCUUGGUAGCAGCAAUGUCACUAGAUCAAAAACAAAGUGAUCGAGUCUUUAAAAUGUUUUAUUCUUUUAAAAACGGCUUUAAAUGUAAAUUUCAUUAGCUCUCAGAGAUUUUGGCUUGUUUGGAAAUCAGGCGGUAUUUUAAAAUUUGAGGGAUUUUCACUUUGAAAUGAAGGGAGAACAAAUGUAGCUUUACAAAGUUUAGGAAGAGAGUAGAUACGAGACUUACUGUUUGUCAUAGACAUAAGUAUUGGGAGCUGUUAUAACAUAAGACAUGGAUCCAGGUCGUCUAGACCAGUGGUUACUUCUAAGAUACUGGCUACAUACAGUACAUAUAUAAUGUCUUUAACUCCCUACAUUGCUAUCUGUAUCUAAUAUUUUCAUGUACUUGAACAAAGUCUGCACCGAUUAUAUCCCUGUGUAUUAUCACUAUCAUCUCAGAGUCUCCUGUCAUCUUUAGUUUGCAGCUCGACUGCUCAGCUGUCUCUGCAGUGAUUUGCCUUGAAUGACAAAAGAGCUGCAGCAGUGAGUUAAGAGCCCAUCUUGUCCAUUUUACAGUCUGGGGGGAGGUCUAUUCAGGUCGGGGUCCCUUAAGUCGUCCCAGGUUGCCUGCUGCUGCUCUACAUGAAUGUGGAGAAAGCCGGUAGGUAGCCUCCAACCGUAGAUCAAGCAGCUAAAGGCUCUCAAGGCCUCACAAUGGUUGAUAGGAUUUACUACUCGGCUACAAGGCUUUGUCUUUGAAGGGACAGUAGCUUAUGUGUCCCGUGCCUCCAUCACUUAGAUUUUAUUAUCACCAUGCUGUUAUUUGUCCCUUUCCCUCCCUGACUAAUGAGGCGAAGCAACCAGGUCAUGACGUGUCUGUGGACCUGGAGCGGGGGCCAUUGUUGUGGUCCAUUAAUAAUGCAAAGAAAGACCGGUACGUUUCUUUGUUUGAAUAAUAGAGGACCCUGCCUUCUUCUUUUCUGCCCUGCCCCUUUACAGACUUCUUGAGGUGUUUGUCUGUGCCGUUGGUUAAUGACUGAACCAAACAAAGUCAUGAAUCGUGGCUCAUUAGCGACCUUGCAGACGCUUUUAUCCACACUGUAGAGAAUCAAUGUUCACAGCUGCUUCACUAUGACAUAAAGAAACGUUUGAAAGAGCUUCGAUUCAGGCAUGUCUGUCUAUUAGUGAUCAUCAUUAGUCUGUGUCGACCUUAAGAGUGGUGCCAGAUGUGAGGAUAAAGAAAGUGAGAAAUACUAAACAACAGAGAUGGACAGUUGGGUCCUUGUAGGCAGCAGAUGCCCCUCAUCUGUUCGGAGAUUGAUUUGACAGGUAAGCGUGCUGAGUCCAUUCUCCGAGAGCUUCAAAGGUGGUCCUUGUGAAUUUAUUAACCCCUUAUCUUCUGUUUACCUCGCUGAAUGCAUAACUCACAUUCAGACUUCCCUUUUGACCCUCUGAUGCGAGGCCAGCUGCUUUUUCUUCGGAUACGCCCUGCAAACCCAGAUGAAAUCUCUCUUCUGCUGUGGGCUCUCGUGAAGCAAACAAACACUUCCUGGAUUUUAAGGUCUUUAGCAGCUAUCUGGGGCACCGCUUUCCCAUCAGAGAAACAAGCCGAGCUGUGUUGCUUUACUGUGGAAUCGAAAACGCAACCUAAACAUGACCUUUGUGUUCUUAUCGUAGCCCGAAUAAUCCCAUUGUCUAAAGGGAAACCAGUCCAGAUUACGGUUCUGUUACUGUGACAGGUCCAUGUCAGGGCUGUCUGAGCGUCUUGAUGUAGCAUGACACAAAACAUCUGGUUCCUCUUUAGCUGCAUGGGGGCGCCUGCUUAAGCCCCCCCUGCAGGCUGGGCCAUCCGCUUCACGGAGAGGACGCGAGGGAGGAAAGGAAGGGAGAGCAGACAGAGAGGGGAGUUUAAUUAAAGAAUAGAGUUGGAGUUUGUAAGAGACACUGACAUGCUGAAUUAGUGAGGCAUUAACGUUUGGAUGGUGGAGGAAUCUUUUCCCCCUCUCAGCGAUGACUUAAAGGGAUAUUCCGGCGUAAAAUUAAUUUAGAGUCAAACACACCAUAACACCAAGUGAGACACCCCCCCCCUCAAGAGAUGAAUGUUGCCGACCGCUUGCUUCUCUAGUUAUACCAACUUUAGUAACAACUGCAGGAUGGCAAUACACAGCAGUCUGAGGAGCCAUAAACAAACCUCAAUAAAAACGCCACUCUAUAGCCACAAAUAAUGCUCAGAACAGCACCUAACUUCAUCAACAGGACAUAAAGGGUGCCAGUCAUAGUACUAGCCACCAAACAUCUUUUUAACUUUGCCUGAUUUCUUUAGCAAAGAGACAAAACACUGUAAAUCUGAUUGUUAUUAACGCAAAAACUGUCAUCAUAGCAUUGGUCUCUACUGCUUUCUCCACCAUCACGACAUAAAAACCACACUGUGGCUCACACAGCAGAAUUUUUAUGUCAUGUCCUGCCUACUAAGGCUCGUCUCUUGCUCCCACCCCAACGCCUUUUGUCUGACGGAGAGACUCUAUAAGGGAUGUGCGUAAACUUUAAGGGCAGAGCACCAGGAGGAUUAAGACUGAUGAUUAGAAAAGCACAUUUAACACAUAAGUUGGCUAGCUGUGCAGAAGUGAGAACGAAUUUAGUGAUCUUGUCUUUGUUUUUUAGAGUCAGUCAGGAAAUCUAUUGUUAGUCACACGCACAAAAUGAUUCCAGAAUCUCUAAGUGGUAAAAAUCUCCUUCAUUUCCCCAGAGAAAAUGCAAAGAUAUCAAGAUUUUUAAAGCAGUUUUUUCUCCUUUUACUGUCAUAUUUUAUUCAUCAUAUUGUGGCCCCUCAGAUUUAUCAUGCAGCCCUCUGGGGAAGCCUGACCCUCAGGUUUGGGGCCUCUUGUCCAUCUAAAAAUGUAGGUUACACAGUCAUUUAAUGUCAUUUCUCAAUGAUGAGCCAUCUUGUCCAGAAUAAUACAUAAACCUAAGUCGUCCUGAGCAUCACUAAAAGCUCUUAAAACUGAACUCAGAUGCAGGGAGGGAGAGAGCCAGGAGGGUAGAGAUGUGGUGGGGAGGAAAAUAAGAGGGUAAGGACGCCCUGUGACAUUUAUAAGAGAUGUAGAGGUGAAGGAGGACAGGGAGAGCACAGGAGGAUAAAAGACACAACACAGCGUUAGGAAGCAGAGGGGGUGUUCACCAUAGAGAUAAGAGAGAGGGCGAUUCAUAAUGACGACCUGCAGAGAGAGAGAAGAAGGAGGUCUCGUGAUCUCAGAUUCUCCAGCCCUCUCAUGUUAUUCACAAACAGAGAGAUCACAGGAGAAGGUGCUGGGUACUAAUUUGGCUCAUUAUGAUCAAUGGACCCUAAUGGUGGCUAUUGUUCUCAGUAAGACCCACUAAGUCUCUGUUUUACUCUCUGAAUCUCUCCAUCAUGCACACGUCUUCUCCUUAAUGCACACUCUAUUUCUGAUUUUUAUUCCAAGAAACAUGAAGAAGCCUUUUUUUUGUUUGUUUUGCACCAUUAACUGCUGAGACAUUUUGUCCCAGAGUGAGCUCUGUGACUCAGAUUUGGUCACAUGACAUCCCAGAUAGCACUCGGAGCGAGAGAUAACCUCUUGAAGGGGCCGGUUUCCUUUAAGCUUUAGUGAAUGCACACAACCACGAAGAUCAGAGGGACGGAGAUUCACAAAAGGAGGACAAAUAUGGAUAUUAUUGUUUGCAUUGUUGCAGAUUUUCAGGUUAUGACUGUUGGGUCUGCAGGGAUUAAAAGGUGCUUUAUCCACCUAUUACCCGGUGUAUUCCUGAUAAAAUUUCACAUAUUGUAUUCCCAUCCCCCGUGUUGGAAAGCCAGCACCAGGAUUAAUGACUUUGUUUGGGCUCAUAUGGCAGUAAUCCCUCUUAUUUCUCAGAUAGGUUAACCAUUUCAAACCCAGAUGGAGAACAGAUUGUGUCCAAAAAAAGGUGUCCAAUAAACACCCCACACAUUGUAGACCUUGUCCAACUUCCUCUCCAUUUUCCACCCAUUUUCUUUUGUUUCACGCCCCGCUCCAAAUCUCUCUCCUUCCUCCUCCACACCUGUUACAAGUCAUUUUUCCCGGAACCUAACUUAAAUAAUGGCUGACUUUCCCGAGCUGACGGCCUGACCUGACAUCUGGAAAAAAGAGCCUUCUCACUGUCAGCCCCCUUCCUCUGUGGAUUUAUAGUGGCACGCCAUUUGACAGGCUGGAGCCUCUCAUUAAGGUGAAGGGAGACUUGAACGAAGGAGACGGCUAUGUGAAUGUGUAAUGUCACCUUUUAAUUAGCUAUGCAAUUUGAACCUGGUUCUACCGAGAACCUGGUCCAGGGUUUUUUUAAAUCCCCCAAAUUAAUGUUUCACGGUGUUGCCUCUACUGUAGAGUCUUGUGGAUCGAAACGCAUUAUUUAAAGUCCCACUCCGAUUGUUUUUUUCUUUUACUACUUCAAGUCUUCUCAGUGGUCUUUAAAUUGUGAUUAUGAAGUUUUUAGCCAAAAUCAAGUUACCUGUGUCAUUUUCAAGAGCUUCUCUUCUGCAGAGCUCCAGAAGAUCAUUAGCAAUUUGCCUCUGAGUCGUGGGCGGAGACAGCGCUGCUCCACACACUCGUCUUCAUGCUAGCUUGCAGCCUAACAUUGCUUGUGCAGCAGAAGAAGCAGGUAACAUAGAAGCUAUUCAGCUCUUGGACAUUAAUAAAUAAAUGAAUGGCAUGAUGAGAGUUAAUAUCAUAAUUAACUUUCUUACGAGCACUGCAAUCCGCUGAUGCACACACUUGUUCCAUGAUCGUCCUCUCUAUUUCUCCGAGUGUGACCUGCAUAGCGGGGCUCUGGGGGCGGAGCUUGGAUUUGCUACAUAGGAAAUCUCACUGAAUCUGAACCUGCUGUUUGGGUCCGUUUUGAGUAUAAAUACUUAGAAAUGCAAUUUUGCACUUAUUUUUCUCAAGAUAUGUUCCUUAGCAUCAGAAAAAUGCAAUAUGAACAUAUAAAAAAACAAGAAGAUUUCCAUCUCAGUGGGUCUUUAAAUCAAAUCACUGGUGCACAAACUUAGAUUAAUGAAGUUUUAUGAAGUUUUUGACUAACUCCAUAAAGAAUAAAUCAAGUCUGUUUCCUGCAAAGAUGGUUGAAUGUGCGAAGAGGUCCAAAUUCUGGACGUCUUUGUUUUGUCUUAUCUAUCAGCUGGGAUUUAUGGUCCGUCUUUAAGGAUGACACAUGGAUCCUUUUUCCUGCCAAAGAAGGCUGUCCAUUGUUCGACUUCACGUGAAGGAAAAGUUAAAAUAGCAUGUAAAAACAUUUGAAGCAGACUUGUGGGAACAAUAAGGAUGACGGUAUAACACCCUCUGUCUGACAGAGCGCUUAACUCUCCAGAUUGACUCUUCCAAAGAGAUGGGAAAAAGAAACAACUCCAACAUGUGUUUAGACGUAUUCAUACGCUGAUAAGAUGUGCUUUCUGUCUUUUUUAUGAUGUAGUGCAGAAGUAGAGGAAGGCCUGGCAGUCCUGCAUCCUCCUUAUAUCUUAUUACCUUCAGUUAUUUACAGGAAAACCUCUUAUUUCCUUUAAGCUGAGGAGAAAAACUAGAGCAGAAAUAUAAAUAUAUCCGCACACACAUACACAGACACAUGAUGACAGUGCUGGGUUGUUUUUGUGCUAUAAAUACUCCUCUGGCAGCAGAGCCUUUUCCCAUUAUAGACACGUGCAGCCCCUCCCCCUCAUGCACCCCUCAUACGGCACAAAAGCAUAAAAGAUAUGAAAGGUCCUUCCUCGCAGAGCACAUCAUAAAGACAAACUGUGGUGUUGCCUUACACAGAGUCACGCUCUCUGCUUUUAAGUGUCAUUUAACUUUUUUAAUAGCUUGUUAAUUUCAAAAACAAGCCGUUUAACUGUGACUGUGAAAAUGUUAUUACUUCAGAAGUGCAUGUGAGAUAUUUGAGCUGCAACGACUCAUGUUUUUAUUUGAGCUUUAAAGCUUGUUGAAAAUAUUAAUUUUUACAGAUUCCCUCUAUUUGAGUUUAAUUGGUGUAUUCAAGUUGGACUAAUUACAACCAAGGUCACCCAGCAUUCCCAAUAUGGGCUCUUCCAAAAACCAGUGGGUGUUGCCUCAAAGCCUACGGUCAUUUCCACGUAGCCUUUGGUUGAAUUUAAUCUUUUAAACCACGGAUAGUCACCAGAAUUUCUCAAGAAUCAGUCAUACAAGAUGUCUGAGCUUACAAAACACGCCAUCCUGCGCCUGGACAACAAACACCCAUGCAUCAUUUUAAUGUUUUUCCAACACCUACAGGAUGUGCAGUGCCGUCUGGAAAACAGAAACUCCUAAUUGUAAAAAUAGACUCAAAUAACCAAAAUGAAAGCUGCAAAAAGACACUGAAGACAGUCAGGAAUGCUUAGUAAGGAAAACUCACUGUUUACUUCAGGGUGUCAGUAAUGUUUUCAUGCUUAUUGUGUUGGAAAAAGAAGUAUAAGUGGGUUGUGAAUUGCUGGCAUGCAUCAACAUCGUAUUGCCAUGGGCUCUUGGCAUGUUUAACUCCCUCCAGCCAUAAAUAAGCACAAUCUGAGCUCCUACAUCCUUCCUGCCAUCUGGUGUCUCCUGUUCACCCUGUAGUGGAGUAACCCCUCAAACUAAAACCAAACCUUUUCUCUCUCUGUCUCUUCCCAGGAGGUCCAUGCAGGUGAACCAAGGACAAGGACAAGAUCUGCAUCUGCCUCAUCUGUCUGUCGACGGACUAAGUGCCCUGGUGCCGGCCACCCUCGAGUCACCUCAACCACGACGGGCAACAAAGAAGCUCACCUCAACCAGGCUCCACAAAGCAAAUAUUUGAGGCCAUUAUAUCUUAUUUCUUCGGGGCGCCGUUUCUGAAAGAUCAACAGCGAAGGGUGUUGUUGGGAGACAGAAAAAGAGAAGAAAAGGGGGGGAGGAAAAAGUAACCCUUUCAAAGUCCUCCCUGCUUGCUAUUUCUGCUGCGCUGUGGGCAGGCAGCGUCUCAUUUGGGAGUGAUCUUGGCUGACAAAAAAAGGACUUCCCUGUGCCCUGCCUGCCGAUUCAAAUGCCUGCAUAAAUACUGGAUAGAGAUAUCAUUUUGUCUGGGCUCUAACACUGCCCAACAAAGAGACUCCAGGCUAUCUAUAGAAAACAUUUACACCAAACUUUGACUGUGCGGUGUCCCAGCUCACCACCUAUCUAUUACUCUACCAGGAGUAUUCAAGAGCUGUGAGAACGUGUUUGAGAGUUGGCAGUUUCAACUCUCUCUCUGGAAGUAUAUUUUGAAUAGUAACAGGACCCAGAACUGUACCCUGGGGGACGCCAAAAACAUAAUUCACUCGUGGACUACAGUUCUGAUGUCUAAUCCAGCUCAGUGAAUCAACAUGAAGCCCCUCACUCCAAUCGGAUCCCCCUCUCCUCUCAGGCUUCUCAACAAGGGUCCAGACUACCUCCGCAGGCAGAUCGAUGGUGGAGGAAAUGGGCGCUCAAUCAGCGCCGUAGAGAGACUUGAGGCGGACAAAGCCAAGUAUGUGAAGAGCCAACAGGUGAUCAACACCAAACAGGAGCCUGUGCUGGUGCCCUGUGCUACCCCACCGCCGCAGCCCCGGAGAGCCUUCUCCACCACCGGGAGCAUGACGCCGCAUCUCCCUCCUCGCCGAUCUUCAAACACUGCCUUCUCCACACUCUCUGGUUCCUUUACCUCAAGAGACGAGAAUGAGAAUGAUGACUCAAGGAAGGAGAACAGACGGACUUCGGUUGACGUCGAGGCGCACAACAGGAGUAAUGUGAAGCACGUGAUGCCUCCCCACCCAAGGACUCCUGGGAAAAACAUUUUGGUAGCACCGCACAGUGCUCCUGUUCUCAGACGAAGCACUGGUAAACGCAUGCUGAGGCCGGACUCCCUCGUCAUUUACAGGCAAAAGAAAGAGUGCAAGAGUCCCAGUGGGGCAACAGAGGGAGAAAACAUUAACUCUGAAAUCAAGGGUUAUAGUUUCGUCCGCCGACUCUUCCAGGGCUCCAUGAGGGAGAAGAGCAGCGGAGGUGAAGGAAAAAUCCAAAAGAUGGUGAUCGGGGAAGAGAAAGCACCAUCACGGGAUGGGGAAUCCCGCAUGUCUUGGACCAACGAAAAAGACACCAUAGAUGGAGGACUAGGGAGCAGGAGGUCAAGUAAAACGGACCAAGAGCGCAGCCCGGGGUCCAUCCCAAGCCCUGGGUUUAGCUGCCCUCAUGAACUAACCAAGAGUGGAGUUACAAAUGGUACCAGCAAUGGAGACAACAAUGGUAUCACCAAUGGCAACCAUACAAGUAACCCUGAUGAUCAGAAUGACCCUUGGAAGCGGGCGUCACCUCAACCAGCACGGAGACGGCGGUUUGGGGAGUUGCAGCGGUCCAAGUCAGAUCUGCGUAUUCGGGACUCAGCAGCACUAUCAGAGCAGGAGCAUUUCUUCGACUUCUGUGGGUUGGACAUGGACAUGAUCGAGCGCCUGGGUCGAGAGAACUUCCUCUCCGGCGCCAGCUCCAUAGACACCCUGUCGUUGGCGCUCCGCAGCGUAGGCGGGGAUGGCUGCGGGGGCUCGGAGCCCAGCGAGUUCUCCCGCCACUCAGGAGACGGGUUGUUUCAGGAGGAGCUGGCUGAUCAGAUUCCUACCGGUGUGUCCAUAAUCGAGAGGAAUGCUCGGGUCAUAAAGUGGCUUUACGGGUGUAAGAACGCUGCGCGAGAGGGACCCAAAGAGUCCACUGUUUAGUACAGGCAGGAGGAAGCAUGUGCUGUGGAGCCUGGAGGUUUCAUUUUAAAUAAACUGUUAUCCAGCAGACGUAAACAUCCUUAUUUAAAGAGGAUGAACCGACCAGUGAAAUAACAUGAUGUUGCAUUCAGAUCUUAACCCUUUGUGCAGAAAUUUGCUGCUCCUACACUGAAUCAUCACUGAAUCCAGUGCAGGCUGUGAUUGACUUGCAGCCUCGCAUCACAGAAAAAAGAUUGUUUUGAUUAUUUUCCUUCUUUUUAUGCCACAAGCGUCAAUUCAAGUCAAAGCAGCUAAGCGUCACAAAGCAGGAUGUCAGAUGUCGUAGCUGGGAAUGACGUCGAUUGGCGCUUGUUAUUUUAAGUUAUUUUAGCAUCCCCUUUCGCAGAUGUAGCCGUCUUGUUUCUGCCUCCGAUUUUGCUAUUUUCCGACUUGGUAACAGGGCGUCACAUCAUUCCCAGCUCUGACAUCCGACUUCCGGGGUAACUCGAACGCAGCAUAAUCCCUGCACAAAGGGUUAAUAUUUCAAAGCACACGAUAACCUUUGCUCCCAUGUUUCCCUCUGACUCCAAAGAGACUAUUUCUUUAAGUGAAAGAAGACCUGCUUCUAGUUUUAUCUUGUCAAAUUGAUAUAUAGUAUUUAUAGAUCCUAUGGAAGUAUUAUAUAUGGGUGAAGACAGACCUGACAGGCGUUUUGAUGUUUAUUUGUGUGGCUGUGUUUGGAGCGGACAUUGACGUCCUCUCUGUUUGUAGCUUUUUUUCAGUAAUCGACUGAACUGGAAUGAACACUGAUCUGGAAUCAGCCCCUGUGACCCCCCCCUCAUAAGGCACAUAUGUGUAUGUUUGUCACAAUAGAGUCAACACACCAACAUAAUAUUAACGAGUAAAUUAAAAUGGAAAACCACUAAGCUAUGUUUUUUUUUUAAACUGGAAAACUGGUAUGUGAGUGUGAAGUGAACCAUGAGUACCUCAUUCGGAUCUGUCCCAGUUUAGUUUGUGUAUUUUUUUUUUUCUUUUUUUUUACUCCUUAAACGCAGGCGUUGGAACAAACAUGCGAGACGCCCCUGUGGGGUUGUUAAUGCACUGAGCUGGAUAGAAGCAGAGGAAAUGAAAGAUAGAGAUAAAGCUUUAACUCUUUACAGAGACUCAUCUCAUUUAAUAUUAAACACUGAGCUGGAUUCACCUUUUUACAGCUGAAGACACGGCAUCGUGCCUGGCCAGUAAUUUUCAUCAUUUUUAUCUCAUUUUCUAAACUCUGAAGAGUUGAUUCUCUCCCAGUAAACACGGUCCAAUAAUCACUUGUGACACAGUUAUUGAUUAACAAAGCUAAUGUUUACUGUGUGUUCAGUGCUUCUACUGCAGGGCCGCACACUGCAAAAACUCAGAUCUUACUUUGAGUCGUUUUUCUUUCACAAGACGUAACAGAAGCCACAUUCAUAGGAUAACCCAGAUAAACAUUUUAAAAUAUUAUGAGCAGAAUUUAUGAACCAAAUUACUUGUAGUAGGUAAUAUCUGCCAAAUCAAAGCUCACUUGUAGAAAUGUGAAGCUGUUGUGAGGAACUUUAAGCAUGUGCAUGAACCUUUGCAAUAAUUGUUUAUCUUCUUUUUAAGUAAGAUAAAUUCCUAUCUUGCUUUAUUUUAGGGACCAACCAUUACCCUUCAACCAGAGUUGUGGGAAUGUCCAAAGAAUUGGCAGAUUUCAACUCUAAAACUUAGUGUGUUUGAUUGUAACAGGACCUAGAACUGCUCCCUGAGGGACGCCAGAAACAUCAGUUAUUUGUGGACUGAAGUUUUAAUGUCCACAGCAGUCAGUGUUUGAAACUGCUUCCAGGGAAGCAACUGUCAAAGUGACAAUUAAGUAAAAUAGCUUAACUUUAAAUGACAUUUGUUCGUGUUUAUUUUAGUCUGUUACAUAUCCGGUUUACAACUUCUCACAGGAGCUUUAAUGGGUACCACAAAAACAGGAACACACUGUAAACUGCCUCAGGUAUGAAAGACUAGUCUGUUUAACAGGUUUUAACUGUGUUUCUACUCCAAGACUUUCAUUUGGUUCAGCAACAUACACAGAAAAUGCUAAUGUGUAGCUCUAUCGGCAUCAUUAGUUUUUACCACCUUGGUACCUAUCACUGUAGUAGUUCAGCUCAGCCUACAUGCAUGACACAAAAGCCAUCUUGCACACAAACUUUUACAUUAAUUUUUUUGUGCAUUUGAAGUAUUAAAUGAAUGUGGCUCAUGCUAAGUCUAGUUUUUGACUAGAAAUAACACAAACACACUCACCGCAGUUUGAGUUUUUGCAGUGCGAAGCUGAUAAGCAGGACAAGAUUCUUAUGGGAGCGCUUUUUGCAGCACAUAAAUAACACAAUGAGACUUUCAAUCUCACCAAAGAAGCUUCAAAAAUGAGGGAAACUUCAUUGAAUAAUAUAUAAAACUAAAAGUCGAGGUGUCCAAGUCGUCAAACUCUUGCUGUGUGAUGCUUUAGGACGUCACUUUCACCAUAUGGCAGUUGACAGACGUUUAACCUUCCCAGCUGGCUCAGUCAGCCGGUUUUCCAUCAAAACAAGCAGCCCUCCUCCUCCCUCCUCCUCCGUCUGAUAACCACAGAUCCUACCUCACUCCAUCCAUCCUUCAGUGAUUCUCACUUUAUCUCCAUGAAAGGUCAUUUCCACCGCUCGGCCUGGAGGAUGCCACUGAAAUAUGAACUGGAGGUCUGCUGAGGUAUGCAAAGGUUAAACUGAGAGGCGUUCAGGGCACGUUAUAUUUGUACAUGUAAUAAAUUUACACAAUUACCAACAGCUUUGAAACAAAAAAAAUCUGUAUUCAUCAUCAGCAUGGCACCAGACACCCCUGAAAAGAUUUAUUUUGUUUUUUAUGUCUCCAAUAAACCAUUUGGUUGCAUGUUUACAAGAAGCUCCAUGAAACUCAGAAACUCUUCUUUUAUUUCAGACAAAGAAGAGAGAUUUAUCUUUUAUUCCAAAGAUGUUUGUGUAUGAUGUACACAGCAAAUAAACAUUGAAAGAAAC